GUCUGACGAGGCCGAGCCCCCCCUCCCCGCAGCCAAAGCAAUUAAAAAGCCAGUCGGAGGAGGCGAAGCGGAGGUGGGGGAGGAAAUCGGAAGCGAUCAGAGCGAGAGAGCAAGCUUGCUUGCUUACCCGAAUCCCCAAUCCCCAUCCUCCCUCUCUCCCCAACGAUGGACCAGCUCGUCAAUUUCAUCAUCCGCCCGCCCAGAGCUGACUACAGUCCUAAUGACGAUCUGUUAGAACAGGAGUUUAUGCUGAAGGGGAGAUGGUUCCAGAGGAAGGACUUGGAGGUCAAAAAUGGCCUGGGCAAGAAAUUGCAAUGUAGUCAUUAUAUGCCUGUUGUGAUUCCUGAAGGAAAUGCUCUCCCAUGUGUCAUAUAUUGUCAUGGUAACAGUGGGUGCAGAGCUGAUGCUAGUGAAGCCGCAAUUAUUCUUCUACCAUCAAACAUUACAGUGUUUACACUGGACUUUUCAGGGUCUGGACUCUCUGAAGGAGAACAUGUCACUUUAGGCUGGAAUGAGAAAGAAGAUCUGAAAGCUGUUGUUAACUAUUUGCGUACAGAUGGAAAUGUAUCUUGCAUAGCUUUAUGGGGUCGCUCAAUGGGUGCUGUCACAAGUCUAAUGUAUGGAGCGGAGGACCCAUCAAUUGCUGGAAUGGUUCUUGAUAGUCCAUUCUCCAACUUGGUUGACUUGAUGAUGGAGCUAGUGGACACGUACAAAUAUCCACUGCCAAAAUUCACGGUCAAACUUGCAAUACAACAUAUGCGAAAGAUUGUCAAGAGGAAAGCUAAUUUUGACAUCAUGGAUCUUGAUACUAUUCAGGUAGCAAAAUGUUGUUUCGUUCCUGCUUUGUUUGGGCAUGCAACUGAGGAUGAUUUUAUACUUCCCCACCAUUCAGACAAGAUAUAUGAAUCAUAUAUGGGCGACAAAAACAUCAUAAAAUUUGAUGGGGAUCACAAUUCACCACGUCCUCAAUUUUACUUUGACUCAAUUACAAUAUUUUUCCAUAAUGUGCUAAACCCUCCCGAAGUGGCUGAGGAUCAUUAUUUCAUGACACCACAUGGCAGCCUUGGUCAGGGUCGUUGGGAUACAGAGCAUGACAUAGAAUAUAGGUUCGCUCAAUCACCCACAGGAACAGCCCAUGCAACUACCACUGAAGAUGCCAUUGCGCAGUUGCGUUCUAGAAGGCUUAUGAGUAGAAUGGAGGUCCCAUCUGGUGCCAGUGCCACCACAGAAGAUAGGGCCGACCGAACUGAGGGAUUGGAUAGCGAUGUUGGUCCCUCCUCAUCUAGCGUAUCAACAGCAACCCCUCCCAAUGGCCGCAACGGAAGGCUGCUCACUCCAACCUCUGAUGAUGGCGAGUAUGUGGAGUACUCGUUUGAUAGCUUAUCAGAUAUGCCUUACACCGUGGAAGAUGAAGAUAGAAUGCUGAUGCAAGCAAUUCUUGAAUCACUGAAGGACUAUGAACAGUCAAAUACAAAAAAUGCGCAAUCAGCUGCAUCUGAUGCUGCACCCAAAGAGAAUAAUAAUACUGUAAAAGAUUGCAAUGGUGUGGCAGAUGCAGCACUGGAGCCAGAUGCUCCUGGCAAGCAUACUACUGUCUGCAACAGUGGAGCAAAAGCUGGUGCAGAGCAAAGUGCAGAUAGCCACGCUGUAGACAACACUUCUUCUGUCAAUGCCUCUGGCUCUUCAGAGACCCUGGCGUCAACACAGAUUACCAAUGGGAAGCCUAUCUCAUCGGAAUCCAAGAAAACAACUCAGAAUGUCAAUGGAGAGGAUGGCACAAGAGCUACUCUUGUAGUUCAGAAGAGCCGGAGCAGUGGCCUGAUAGAUGGUUUGACACAAAAAUGGGGUUCCUUCUUCAAGAACAAUGACUGAGAUGAGCAAAGUACACGAAUAACCCCCUUGACAAUACGUGUUCCAGUGUGUUAAUAGACAUAGAGUUGCCUUUGGCUGAUGUCCAACUUGAUUCGUUUUACGUGUAAAAUGGAAAGGAAACAGAUGGUUUCAGGAUGUUCGUGUAUAUAUAGAACUAGGAAUUGUAGCUCCCCAAUUGAUUGUGUAUCAUGUGUCAAAACACUCACUACUUUGGUUCUGGUGAAUUGGCAAGCCCUUUCUUGCUGAUGGGUUGUAACAUAAUUGGAAAGCUCAUUAUUUUGUAGUCGUAUUUGACUAUUUGUGGUUUUUUAUUUCUUUAUUAAAGGAUAGUGUCGCAAUGUGGAUUUGAAUUC